UCAACAAACAAAAUUAUGUUUGUUUUACUGCAGCAGGAUUGUGUUUAUGCACAGUGUGAUAUUUCAGUGUCUGAGAAGCAGUGAGCAAGACAGCAGUGAUCAACAAUAAUCUUAAUUCCCAGCCCAGCAGAUACCAGUUAAGGAAAGAAAAAGGUGUAAAUGAUCAAACAAAGGAAUUACUUGAAAGAGGACUUGUAAGGCAAAAGUAUGUAAAGGUACUUAAGUUCUCACACUGGUGUUUUUCUUUGAAAAGAAGAUCUAAACUUUUAAACCAGAAGGUGCUUUUCAGAGAACAUAAACAGGGAGGGAGAGGAGGGGACAAACUAAAAUAACUGAAGCAGUGAUGAAGUGAUGAAGGACUCGACUCUGUCUUUUCAAAGAGCAGUGCGGAAAUCGUUUCUGUUGAAAGCCCCCAAGCAACCACUGAUCUGGCUUUUGACUAAGUAAAUUGAUUUCUGUGAGGAAGAAGCAAUCAUGAAACUUCCUGUGGCUCUGGGCUGACUGAGAAGUGAAAGGUGCAGGGGCUGGGCCUGUCAGAAGUGUGGUCUGACCAGAAGGAACCUGGCUGGAGGUUUAAUUGAACACGUGGCUUCCUGGGGAGGUGCAGAGGAGGUGCUACAGGGCAGGGGAAAAGCUGUGCAGAUGCAGACCCUGGACUGAGCUUUGCUGCUUAUCAGAUAUCAGCUCCUCAGUCCUACUGCACACAUCUGGUCCCUAGCAGGAGGAACAGUACUUGUCCAUGUAGAAUGUUCAGUGAAGCUCCUGAAGGAGAGGGAGUUCUGCCAUCUCGGUUUGGACUCGGUGGUCUUUGAGCCCUUCCAGCUCAGAAUAUCCAGUGGUUCUGUGACCCCACAUGACCCUGGUGUAGCUGCCCAGAAGGAGUUUCUUGCCACUCUGUAAAUCACCACUAAGGACAUCUGACCCGACCUUGGAUCUCUGCUGUGUGGGAACUCAGCACAUCCCUCUGGAUGUCCAGAGUUGGAGACUCUUCAUGUUGACUUCAAACACAUUUGGGACAGCUUCUGCCUCACAGUUCCCCUUUCCACCACUGCUGAACUGUUGAUGCCACAGGGGAGACAGGAAGACUUGGCCACCAUCCUCACCCUGCUCCUGUCCUUGUCAGGAUCCGGUGUCCAACAGGAGCUGAGCUCGAGGAGUUCCAAGCUCCACGUGCUCCCACGGGAGCAGCUGGGGCUGGAAGUUGUCAUGGGGAAUUUGUAGAAGAUGGAGCCUGGCAAGAGAUGUGAGGUCUCCUCCCUGAAGGCCUCAGCCAGCAGGAGCCAUGCGAUGCUCCCUGAAACGCUCCCUCACAGUUCUGCUUGCCGUCUCCUUCCUCCUCCUCCUCCUCCUCCUCCAUGGGAGCAGCUGGCAGGAACAGGAUCCCCUGGAGGUGCAGCUCAGGGGCCUGGCUCCCGACACGAUCCUGCAGCUGCUGCAGCCAGAGGGAGCCCAGCACAUCCUCAGGGACACAGCUGAGCUCUCUGCACUCCACAACAUCUCCUAUCAGCUCCUCGCUGGCUCCCCGGCUCCCCGAAAAAAAUUCCUGGCGGUGGGAAUGGCAUCCGUGCAGAGGCCACGUGGUUUCUACCUCCUGGCCACACUCCAGUCCCUGUUCAGCCAGUCCACGGAGGAGGAGCUGCAGGAGAUGGUGGUGGUGGUGCACCUGGCUGACACCGAUCCUGGCUGGAAUGUGCGCGUUGCCGCCACCAUCGCCCAGAAGUUUGCUCGCCACAUCCUCCUGGGCCGGCUCCUGCUCAUCCACGCUCCCCCUGAGUUCUACCCCACCCUGGAAGGCCUGAAGAGGAACUUCAACGAUGCAGAGGAGCGGGUGAGGUUCCGCUCCAAGCAGAAUGUGGACUAUGCCUUCCUGCUCGCCUUCGCCGCCAACCUCUCCUCCUACUACCUGAUGAUCGAGGACGACGUGUGGAGCGCCAGGUCCUUCCUGACGUCCAUCCGCAGGGCACUGGCUUCCCAGGAGGGCUCAAACUGGGCUACCCUCGAAUUCUCCAAGCUGGGCUACAUUGGAAAGCUCUACCACUCCAGUGACCUUCCUCGCCUGGCUCACUUCCUCCUCCUCUUCUACCAGGAAAUGCCCUGUGACUGGCUGCUGGUCCACUUCCGCCAGCUGCUCACCCAGAAGGAUGUGAUCCGCUUCAAGCCAUCCCUCUUCCAGCACAUGGGCCUCUACUCCUCCUUCCAGGGCACUUUCAACCGGCUGAAGGACGAGGAUUUCCAGGCCGAUGCCUUGGACCUCCCGGACAACCCACCAGCAUCCCUGUACACCAGCAUGUCCAUCUUUGAGAACUACGAGCCCCUCAAGGCCUACAGCUCAGCACAGGGGUACUUUUGGGGCAAAGACCCAGCAGCUGGCAGUACUUUUACCAUCGUGUUCCAGCAGCCAGCCCGAGUCAGCCGUGUCCGGGUACGCACGGGCUCCGUGGAGCGCCCGGGCGAUUUCCUGCGCGCAGGGCUGCUGGAGCUGGGCCAGCGCCGCAACCGCAGCCGGGACUGCUCCUCCUAUGUCCCUGUGGGCUCCUUCGAGAAGGGAACCCUGGAGCAGCAGGAUCUGGAGAAGGUCCUGCCUGGGCCCGUGGAGUGCGUGAGGAUCCGGGUGACCCAGGACCAGAGCGAGUGGCUCAUCAUUGAGAGCAUCGACAUCUGGACCACAGCAGGCACUUGAGCACAACACCUGUGCCAGGAUGUCAAAGCAGCUGGAUUUGGUUCCUUUAUUUUUCACAUUGCCUUUUUGGAUAAGAAAUUAAGUUAUUGGCUCUCACUGCUCCAUGUCUGGAGAGAUGGGAAACACUGCUGUGGGCUGUGGAUGGAUCUAGGAGCAGGGCCCAUCAGAAUGUACCUGCUGGGGGAUGCCCCAAUGAGCCAAGGAGGGGGAAGGCACUUGGGAAUUCAGAGCUGAGCAGUAGAAAACCUUUCCUCCCGGGGAGGAUGAUGUACAGGACAAAGCUGAUCAGCUAAUUAACAAACCAAAUAAUUCAUCA